GUUCCGCUUCUUCCGGCUGCACCGAGAGGUCGCGGGUGAGUCGGGUUGCGGGAGUUAUAGGCGUUGUGUGUUUUCACGUAGGCUUUCUCUGCAGGUGUUGACUUCCUUUUCCGUUUCGAGCUGGAGGUCCCGGCGACGUAACUAGCCUCUGCGGGGAAGAAUUACUACACUUAUGGCUGGUGUUUUGUGUUCAGUAUUUCAGAGGCCUCCAGGCAGACUGCUGACUGUGAAGAAAGGUGUGGAAUCUCUCAUUGGUACAGAUUGGAUUCGGCACAAAUUUACCAGAUCAAGGAUUCCAGAUAAAGUGUUUCAGCCUAAACCUGAAGAUCAUGAAAAAUAUGGUGGGGACCCCCAGCACCCUCAUAAACUACACAUUGUUACAAGAAUAAAAAGUACAAAAAGGCGUCCGUACUGGGAAAAGGAUACAAUCAAGAUGCUUGGACUGCAGAAGGCACACACCCCUCAAAUUCACAAGAACAUCCCUUCAGUGAACGCAAAGUUGAAAGUAGUUAAACACUUGAUACGUAUCCAGCCCCUGAAGCUGCCACAAGGACUUCCCACAGAAGAGACCAUGUCUAGCACGUGCCUCAAAAGCACUGGGGAGUUUGUGGUACAGUGGCAUCUGAAGCCUGUGGAGCAGGAAACAAAGUCUUGAUGUCACACGGCUGCAGAUUACAAACUGCAGUUAGGAGGAAAUGUUUCUCAUUAAAGUGUAUUUCAGUCUA